CCAAUUCCAAUUCUCUGAUUCCUAAUCGCAUCAUUCAACGCCGCCAUGAGCAACAAUGAUCGGGAGUUGUUGAACCCGGAAACGGUGCUGUCAAUCCCACUGAAGAAGACUGAUCCGGUAGAGUUGUACCUGCCGUUACGUAAGUUGGUAGCCUCAAAAUACUCGGAGAGCGAUGCAGAAAAAGUUGAAAGCGUUCUGGAAACCCUAAACAAAUGCCGCAGGGACAUGGUGGAGCGUAGAAGGGACCUCUCCCUUCCCAUGCAACGUGACUGCCUCAUCCACUACUUCCAAUGUCUUUGCAUGGUUGAGCCACUCUUCACCUCUCUCUCCUCCGACGCCGACGCCGACCCCAUCAUCUUUGUCUGGUACGAUGCCCUUCAACCCUGAGCAUCAGGAUGGGGAACUAUGCUCACAGCGCAACGGCAUCCAAUUGGAGAAGGCCGCUGUUCUCUUCAACCUUGGAGCCAUCUGCAGCCAGAUUGCUGCCUCUUGUGACCGUACCACCGCCCUUGGCCGUCACCUUGCAAUGGAAUCCUUCAAAGUUGCCGCCAAUUUCUUCUUCCAACUCUGGAAUGUUUUUGCCAAGGACGUGGUCUCCGCCACCCUCGAUUUGACUCUCCUCUUCGCGGAAUUUCUGCACCACCUCUUCUCCGCUCAGGCUUCCGAGCUCGAAUUACAGCAACAACUCAACAACAACGACAACAGUUACGCUCUCCAACAACACCGAUAUGCCCCAUCGUUUGUAUCGGUUUGUGAGCUUUAUGUUAAAGCAUAUGUACUGAUACUUGAUGUUUCGAGUGCGGCUGCGCUGAAACAUGUCUACUGUUUUGACCAAGACCAAACCUGGAUAACUCAUCUUCUGGCGAAGAGGACAUUCUUUGAGGCUGAGGCGGCGGCUUGUCUGAGGCAAUCAUUCUCUAAGGUAUACUCAUCGAUCAAAUCUUGUGCUCUUGAUCAUGAUGCAGAAUGUGUCACUGAGAUAUUAGUUAGAGGGAUUUGCAGGAAACCCAACCUACAACAAAUAUACGUUGACCUCCUCCUCUCCGAGUACAAUCCUUUCAAGAUUGUCAAGGAUGGAAUUAUGGAAAGCUGGUGGCUUACCCAUGGGACAUGCCUCCUCCUUAUCCAACAAAUUCAGCAAUCCUCUCAUCUUCGUUGUCGUCGUGGUCAGAUAUUCUUUCAUUCCUUCCUUUGAAGAAGAGUGAGCCCUUGAAUCUCUAUGAGUCCCUGCGCAAUUACUUUAUCCUCAAAUACUCUGAGAGCGUGGCAAAGAGAGUAGAAGGCCUUCUCCAAAUGCUACACAAAUUGCGCAAUCAGAUGCUGCGUGAUGACCUUUCUCUACCCUUUCGCCGUGACUGCCUCAUCCAUUAUUUCAAAUGCCUUUGCAUGAUUGAGCCUUUCUUCCCUUUGAAUAUCUUACCCAACCCACCUAUCUUUGUUUGGUACAAUGCCAUCAGCCCACAACAGGACUCUUCUCAGCAUAACAUCCAUUUGGAGAAGGCCUCUGUUCUCUUCAACCUGGUAGCCCUCUGCACCCGCAUUGCUCUCUCCUGCGAUCUCACCACCAUCCAAAGCAUUUGCCUUGCCAUGGACGCCUUAAAUGAUGUUUCAAAUUGGUUCUCUCUACUGAGGAUUGAGUCUAAGAAGGCAUCUGGCACGACUGACUUGUCAGAAAAAUACAACAUUAUGAUAGGAAAUAAGAUAUCCGACUUGAAAUUUGUUUUAGGGUAUUGUAAGUCUCACUCCCUGCUUCAAGAGGUAUGUCAACCACCAUGCUUGGACCUUCUCUCUAAGAGGGAUUUGCAGGAAACCUAACCUACAACAAAUAUACGUUGACCUCGUCCUCUCCGAGUACAAUCCUUUCAAGAUUGUCAAGGAUGGAAAGCUAGUGGCUUACCCAUGGGACAUGCCUCCUCCUUAUCCAACAAAUUCGGCAAUCCUCUCAUCUUCUGUAUAAUCAUCCACCCUUUCUGUUGAUCUUUGCUUAGUACAAUUGAUUGAUGUCAAUCUUUAUUUGUUAAAUUGUUUGAUUGAGAUGAUGCAGGCUUCAGUUUAUGUUCCGUCGACAUUUGGGCUUUUAGCUGAGAAUCUUGUUCAAUCCUGGACACCUCAAUAUCUUGAGUGGAGGAUGAAAACCUGCCAUGUUGAAACGCGUCCCAGUAAUGUCACUGAACAAUUUGUUUUAGGGUAUUGUAAGUCUCACUCCCUGCUUCAAGAGGUAUGUCAACUACCAUGCUUGGACCUUCUCUCUGAGGUUAGCCCUGUCAAGAUUAAGGAUGGGAAUUUUGUGGCCAAUGCAAACCUUAGAGGCACUAAAUUUCGCAUUGGAGAACAUGAGCUUGCAGCCAGAGUUGCAGGAGACACCAGAGUAACAUUACCUUAGAGAAAAACUAAACAAGCUUUAGAAUUAACUUGUUUUCUUUUUUAAAUUAAAUUGGAUGUUGGAACUUUGUUUGUUGAUGCUAGAACUCUUCUUGUGAAAUAUUAUCCUCGUGAUUUUGUUUGUUGAUGUAUAUGUAUUGUUGCAUAUUGGUAAAUUGAACUUAU